AUGCAGUAUCCCCACUUGGGGAAGGCGCGUGGUGAUCCAAAUUCCUACACGCUUGGGCGGAUGGGACUGUACUAUGUGGUCCUGGCACACAUGCCCGAAGCUGGAAAGGCAUCUGCAGCCAGUGUGGCCAGCAAUGUCGGGCGCAGCUAUCCUAACAUUGAGGUGGGCUUCUUGGUUGGUAUUUGCGGAGCCGUUCCAGUCAGGACGGACUCUAAUGUGAACCGACAAAAGAAGACAAUAUCGUUGGGGGAUGUGAUUGUCGCAAACGGGGUCAUCCAGUAUGAUCUGGGGAAAGAAACGGAGACAGGCUUUUCCCGAAAGAAGACUUACCACGAUACUCUGGGAAGACCCAAUAACGAGAUCCGAGGAUUCUUAGCCAAAGUCCGUGCGGAGCGUCAGAACUUCUUGAAGAUCUUACCUGUUUACCUUAUGGACACUCUGGACAGGAGCCUUGCGAUGUUGUUAUGGUUGGCUCUUCUGAAGAUCUCAAGGCUACCAGAUCCUCCGCCACAUGUGCAUUUUGGUCUGAUGGCAUCGGCCGACACGGUCCUGAAAUCUGCGCGCGUUCGCGAUAAACUAGCAAAAGACGAAGAUGUCAUCGGAUUCGAGAUGGAGGCAGCGGGAGUAUGGGACAAUAUUCCUAUAAUAGUAGUGAAGGGUGUAUCCGAUUAUGCCGAUAACAAUAAGGAUGAUAGAAUGCAACCCGUCGCAGCCGCGGCCGCCGCUGCCUGCAUGAGAGCCCUUGUUGAAGGAUGCCCGAUAUCCACCUCAAGCUCGACAGAAGAAGGAUCCUUUCUAGAUCCAAAUCCACAGGUUAUUGAUUCACUGGAUUUCUAUCGGGCCACGUACCGUCGGGAGGAGAUACACACGGCGGCGAAAGAGACUUGUGAAUGGAUAAUUGAAAAGGAGGUGUAUCAGUCUUGGAUGGACGAUACGCAGCUGCAUCAACACGAAGGCUUUCUGUGGAUCAAGGGUGGCCCUGGUACUGGGAAGUCCACUUUGAUGAAGUUCAUAUUGCGCGAGGCAGAAAGGUCUGAAAGAUACACUAUCACACUGUCUUUCUUCUUCCACGUCUCUAGAGUCACUCUACAAAAGUCGCAGGUUGGGAUGUAUCGUUCGCUGUUGUACCAGCUUCUCAAGGCUAGUGCCGCCCCAGACCGAUGUAGAGAAGAGUUUCUCCGUGCUGUUGCAAAUAUGAGUGGGAGUGAUACUACACCUAAGCACUGGGAUAUCGCAGACCUGAGGCACCUACUUCUGUGUAUGAUGGACGUCCUGAGCAAUGGCCAUGUCAAUCACCAUGUACUUUUCCUGAUCGACGCUAUUGAUGAAUGUGCGAUCAACAGGGAAAAAACCCUGGAGAUGCUUUGCUUUCUUCGGCAGAUAAAGAGUAAUGUCCGCGGAAACCAACUCCGUUUGAGAUUCUGCCUAUCGACACGGUAUUAUGAGCAUAUUGAUCCCAGGCCAGGGAAACUGUUAGCCCUGGACAGCUUCAGAGAACACCAGCUUGACAUUGAGAAAUAUGUGACACAGACACUCAGAUCUACAGAUCAAACAAUCAGAAAGGACAUCUGUGUGAAGUCAGCUGGUGUGUUCCUAUGGGUCAAACUUGUGGUAGACAGUUUAAAUGACGAUUUUCAUAAGGGCAACGUGCACGAUGUGCAAACAAGACUGGACAAGAUCCCGCAGGGACUAAACCACCUUUAUAAAGAGCUACUAAACCGAGACCGUGCACCAGGCCAAGAUCUUAUGCUCUUCUUUCAGCUCAUUUUGUUCUCCUCGCGACCCUUGACGCAAGAGGAACUGUACUUUGCAUUAUUCUUCAGAAACAGCAACCUGGUCAGGAGGAAUACCUCACAUAUGGAUGGGGUCUCCAAAAGCUACAUCCUCCAUGUCUCGAAGGGACUCGUUGAAGUGACUGCUAGUAGCUCAAGCAAAAGCACAGUUCAGUUUAUUCACGCAUCAGUUCGGGAAUUCAUGGAUGGUCAGUUGGAAUUAGCAUUUAGCCGUGAAGGAAACGUCAAAGGAUCCUGCCAUGACCAGCUACGAGACCUGUGCUUCAGAUACGUCCAUCGUUUCAAGCUAGGGAACAGAGACCUCGAUGAUUUGAUGCGUCUCAUGCGGCAACAAACAUAUUCCGUGUCCGUUAAUAACGUGAUAAAGAAUAGCAUUCUAUUCUUUGGUUACGCCGUGCUCAAUCUUUUCCAUCACAGCAAUGAGGCCCAACGCCACGGCAUUGAGCAAGGCGGGUUUCUGAAAAAAUUCUCGGCUGUGUAUGGCGGAGACUUUUCCCAGUUCACAUUCUACUAUGAUUCAGCCGUGGCUAACACAAAAGACUGGUACAACGACGCAACGCUUUUGCACUUCCUCUGUGAUAAGUGUCUGAGGGAUCUCGUCCGUCAAGAGGUCCUGAAUGGAUCAUAUGGCUGGGAACGGUCGGGCAAGCGUGGCUGCCCGAUGAGUACUGCAGUAUACGAUGAUGACCUUUAUACCAUACGAGCAUUGCUGGGAUGCGCACCAUAUGAUGGAUGUCAUGGCCCUGGCAGCUAUUCCAAGGUUCUGGAAGACCCCACAGUGGUUCAAAGUAUGAAACAAUUCUUGGAAGAAAUACCUGAGGGCUGUAAGGUAUUGCAGAGUGCUAAAUUUUGCGAGGGCCUUGACAUACAGACGUUGUUGCUCAAAUAUGCUCUCGACCAGGAGAACCUCGCUGUUUUAACCUUGCUGUGGCGCACAGGACUGGUUGACUUCAACCAAGCAGUCAAUGGAGAAACCCCGCUGAAUUGGGCACUGGAAAGACGCUCGGCCUUUCUGGUCAACCAUCUCUUGGACCGCGAAAAGGACGGCAUCAAGGUGGAUAUCAAUAAACCGACGCAUGGCAAUCCGCCACUGAAAUUAGCCAUUCAGAGCAAGCGCCAACGGGAAGCCAAAAUAGACAUACUCCUUGGCCACGACCGUUUGGAUCGUUCGUGUCUGGACAGGAGACGAUGUAAUGCUUGCCAUUGGGCAGUACGUAUGAAUGAUGAAGGGCUACUGAGACGCUUAAUCCACUUAGGAUUUCGGAUGAACCAUCGGGGUAUCAAAGGGCACAGCCCUCUUUCGCAUGCAGUGGAGUGUUGCAAGGUCGGAAUGAUGGAAAUCCUGCUCACGGCAGAUGCAACCCAGGUGGAUGAAAAGGAUGCGGACGGAAGAAGCCCUCUAUCAUGGGCGGCAGGCUGGUGCUCCCCCACAGAAAAUGAUGCUAUCAGUGACCCAAGAACAAGAGGCUUGUUUCAAAAACAAUCUUUACAGACGCCGUUGAGAUUCGACAGAGUCGAUGUGAAUUCUGUGGACAAGGACGACAGAACGCCGCUAAUGUGGGCAGUCGCAGCAGGUAAUCGACCAGCUGUCCAGCUACUCUCAUCCCAUAAGGACACCGAUAUCAACUGCUGUAGCAGAUUUGAAGAAACAUCUCUCAGCAUUGCCAUCAUGAAAGGGGACCCAGUGAUUGUUAAAAUGAUACUAGAAAACAGAAGGAUCGACGUCAAUCUACGGGGUAUCUACGGUCGAACUCCUCUAUCAUGGGCAUUUGGCCCAUGGCACCCUCUGAAAAAGGACAAAGCACAAAUAAGCCAGUGCCGCAACCCUGCAAUUGUCAGGUUACUUUUCGAGUCAGGGGCGGACAUGAGCAUUAUAGACGCUCUUAAUCAUACCCCACUGUGGUGGGCUCGGUCUUACGAUGUAGUGGCAAGGGGCAAUCUAGAAAUUCAAACCUAUCAAGACUCCCCUCUCACCGUUUGGGGGGACUACCUUUCAUCAUCAGAGAAAAGGAGGGCGCUUCAAAUGCUCACUCGCGACGAAGCCACCUUCAGGUGUGAGAUCUGGUGCAUGUGGCAGGUUUGCGAAAAAUACGGAUUGCAGGCCAGGUACCCCUGGACAUCUGAAAUUGGGAUAGAUAUCCUAGAGUGA